CCAUCCCAUUACAACCAUAGAUUAUCUUCCACUGUCCAUGUCACCAACAACGUCACGUUCUGGAGAAUCCUCUGGACUACUGUCCUGGACCCUUUGUUCUUCGCGAACUCCUCGUUCUUCUUGAACUAAACUAAUAGAAUAGAAAAUUAAAAUUUAAGUUGUUUGCAAAAUACACAAAAGAUUGCGAAACAUAUGAAUUAGUUUGUUAUGAAGCUUUAAGAAAUCUAUAAAUCUACCAGCUUCGUUGUGCUUGACGGACCAAUACAACAUAAUAAAGUGAAAAAGAAAAUAUGGAAAGAAGUGUUUAUUAAUAACCCAAGUGAAUAAGAAAUUACAAAAAGAAAACCAAAAAAUAUAAUUGAGAAGUUAAGCCUUGCGAAGUCAUGUAGUGUGGGUUUCGUUGGCUUAUGUUGUCUCGGUAUGGUGUCUAUGUGAUAAUUAUACACAUAGGAAUAAAGAACACAAAAAACGACAGUGAUUUGUGAAAUUAAAUUAAUCAAAGAAAGGAAAAACUACAACGUAGUACAUACUCAUCGUUUCGUUGCGCUGCAGAGCCUAAUUUUGUUAAGCUCAUCGUUCGCAUGAAAGAUAUUCAUGAAGCAUUAGUAAGUAAACAACGUUACUGAAAGCGAUUGCAAUUGUUCCACUGCGCCACCAAUUAAUCUUCACUUGAAUACGUAAGAGUGUAAGGUUUGUGGCGCGUUUUUCCACACUUGGAAUAAAAAAAUCUUGAGCAACUUGUCUCGCGGCGGCCGAUACAUGUCGUUUAUUUUAAUGGUUUAAGAUUAAAUGUUCUCGCCAUAUGUGGACCUAUGCAAUACAUUCCAAUACAACGAGAACAGUAGUGGCAGCAGAAGCAGCAGCAUCAUCAUCGAGCGGAAUACAAAAAUAUGCGUUUCAAUAAGGCUGAACUAUCGACAUUGGCCUCAAAUCCUACAACAAAAUUCGAAAAACAAGGACUUUUGAUCAUCACCGAACGUCAAGAGGGUUUCUUUCGCAAAACCGAUGUUAACUAUCCUCGUUGGUGUAAAUUACGUGGCAAUCUCUUGUUUUACCUCAAGGACCAUGAUCCAAAUUCACAACCCGUGGGUGUUUUGGUAUUAGAGAAUUGUCGACCUUUAAUUCGUAAUGAAGAGAGAGAAUUCGAUGGUUAUGUCUUUAUAUUAGAAUUUGAAGGCAGUUUGCCCCAACGAAUAUCAACACACACCGCCCAGGAACGUUUAGACUGGGUUAAAAGCAUACAAUUGGCCUCAUAUGCCUAUCUAAAUCGUCAAAUACAAUAUUUAGAGGAUCAAAUCACUUUGGCCAUGGGUAAUCGCAUUGAGAAGGGCUUGCCUCUGUACACCCCCGCCAACGAUGCCACAUUAAUGGCUGGCCUAUUGGAUUUAAAUGUUGCUUCCAAUGUUAAAGCUGUUACAAAAGUCGAAGAAGAUCUCUCCGAGAUACCGUUGUGCGAAUCAGCAUUAUCCUGUGAUAAUUUACCCUGUGCCGACAAUGGUCGUCUUCCCUGUCCCCGUGUGGUAUGUGGAGUUUUAGUGCCCGGCGAAGAUAUUAUAUGGCAUGAUUAUGCUCGCACAGAAAUCAUUGAAAACACAAAAAGUCCCCAAUUCCUAUGCACAUUAACUUUUAAACAAAGUGAUGGCUUUACAGCCGACACUCCAUUGAGAUUUACCGUGUACGAUGUCCGAGAAAAGGUCUCACAGACAUCAGUGCCUCUGGGAUAUGCGGAAGUGGUGCUGGGAGCCAUACAGGAUGCCACACGUUUUCGUCUACCCCUGCGCUCUGUACAUGGCGAUUGUGGUUUCAUAAAUAUAGCUUCAUGGGCACCUGAUACCGACAAACAAUUGCAACCACCUCCACGUUCCACCACCCAAGUGUUUGAGCACCAGAGUAAAGGUCAUCGUCGCACCCAGUCCUUGCCACCCAAGUUAGGUGUCAAAUUGUUUGUGCCAUUUCAAGGCAGCAUACAAAGGGUAUUUGCAAAUCCAAGGAUUCAUACUUAUCGCCUGAAUUCUAGUCUUGGAGCUGAUAUCAGUGUCCACGAAACAAUGUUGGAAUCCAAAUUAUGCUUCAACAUACCACAACAAUUACUAUCGAUUUGGAUAUUGCGUGAGAAAGAACUACUGCAAGAGAUUUCUGGCAUGGGUGAAUUGGGAGGCGAUUGGAGACGUAGACAAAUGGAUCUCUUGGACAAACAUUUAAAGCUAUUAAAGGAUUAUUCACAGGCUAAACAAAAUUUACAACAAAUUACAAAAGAAGAAGGACCAUUUUUCAAAAGAUCCUCAGUCAAGACAGACGAGUCUUUAGAAUUUAUACCAGUGAAUUUACAUUUACAACGUAUGUGGGUACAAAAUGAUUCCCUAAAUCGUUCUGCCGUCUUGGAUAUUGUCACCGUCGGAGCUUUUACUAGACAUGGAGGUUUAAAAAAGAAAACUGGCGGCCUUAUAAAACUUUUGCAAGACACCAAAGAGUCACCUACAAAAUUUGAGGCCAGCAACAAUUGCAAGGUCUUAGCUUCCAACGAUGCUGUUCAAGCCAUUAAACAUUUGCGAAAGGAAAUUGUUGAAAUCAUGUCGCAACUUUUGACUUUGGCAAAAACCAAAAAUCCUAAAGGAAUGAUGCCGCUAUGCAAUGAAAUGGUUAUCAAGACGAAAACACUGUUAAACAUUUGGGAACCCAGUUUGGUGGAGGAAGCCUUUUCGUUUAUAGAACAACAUCGCAUAAUUGAGGAACCGGAUAAUGUGUUGAUGCCCAUGUCACCAUUUCGAAAAAUUACUCAACAACUAAAUGAUUUAGAUUUAAAAUCUCCCGAAUUGGAAGAUUUUGCUACACCCAUUGUUGCGCCUCCCGAUUUAUGGCCCCGUGUCAAAACUCCAACAGGUCACCAUAAUCGAUUGAUACGUUCAAAUAGUUUGACGCAAUUAAGAACGUCUCCAUCACUCACCUUGGACAUAGAUGCCAUACACAAUCUGCAGCACACUGUAAGGGCUUACAAUGAGCAUUUACAAAGUAAGGCUAGACAGCAGAAGCAAUCACAAUUAACACCAGAAAUUGAUGAUGAAAUGGAGGUCACCUAUCAAUCGCUGCCGGCUUAUGUAUUACCCGAUUCUAAUUUUGGUAAACCAUAUUUCAAUGAACGCGAUGAGGACGAAGAUGAUGACCCUAUGACUUCUACAAUAAAACUCAUUGAUUUGGAUGAAUCAUUGACUGUUAGUCAAACAUUGCAGUUACCUACUAUCACCGCUACAGUAGCUAAACCCAUUAAUGCUUCCUAUCGAACUUCCUUGCCCAGUAAUUGCAACGAAUAUGAAGCUAUGAAAUGUUCCAUUUUGGCCUCACACAAUGCGCGAUUUUUGGAUACGAAAAUGAUGAGUACCUCACCCUCGGCCAAUUAUUAUAGACCUACGGAAGAACCAGAACCUUUAGAUUUGACCCAACUGAAUAUAGAGGCCAGCGUGAUGUGUUUGGUUAGUAAAAUAAAGUUUUUGUGUGGUCGUUGUGGUUCUCCAGCAAUUCGUUUGCGAAAUCCCAAAGGUUCCAUGAAACGCUCUGGAUUUAGCAAUGCACCGGUCCCUGAUGUAGUGGAUAAUGGCAAUUCGGAGUCAACCACAAGUUAUGCAUGCGAUGAGCCUAAACAUGUAGAGGGCCUGGAGGGCAGUUCUCCCAAUGGCAAUAGUAAUGGUUUAAAUUUGGAUUUGACACAACCAGCGCUGGAAAAUGUUGCAGCAAAGAAGGGAAAUAAAUUUACAGAUGGCCUUGAUUUAUCACUUACCACAGACUGGGCCUCGGAAUUGAGGCCUUCUAUGCGUAAAUUAAGACAUGCGAUGGAUGGUUUAUUAAAAACUGCACGUCUAAUGCAUUCUGUGCAACGUCUACAGCAAGACAUGCAUAGGAUAAGCAUAAAUUUGGAAACCAUGUAUAGGCGAGAUGUUUGCUUCUCACAAUCAUUGACGGCUCUGGUCACAGCUUUAAUGGCAAAGCUUUGGGGUAACGAAAUCACAGACAAUUUCAUACGCAUACUGUGUGAUUUGGGACCUUUGGCCUACUUUGAGGGGUUAUUAUCAUUGCAAGGGAGUGAAAUAGAUAUGUGGGGCGAUAUGUGUAUAGCAAUUGAAGAUCUACUGGGAGUGGAUUUUGAACUUGUUCGAAGCAAUAAUGGAAGUCAUGAUUCACAAUCUGUGCCCACACCUCGCAUUACCGGUUCUCGACAAUCUCUUACCGUCUAUCUUCCAGUUCCCGAACAUGUUUAUGCUAUGCUGCCCACCAAGCACGCGGUUAGCUUUAAAGUCACUCCAAUCUUCUUUAACAUAGGUAUCAACGAAAAGGCCACCUUGGCCGAAGCUAUGGGACGCACCCGCGAACAACAUCGUUCCAACUGGGAUAAUUAUGUACGCCUAAAACAGUAUUAUACUCGCUUCCGCAAACUACCCCUAACUAUGCCAGAGACUCCCAGCAAACAUGAACCUCACAUGCCAGCACCACAAAUGCUGCUGAACAUUUUGAAUUUCCUAGAAGAUCAACUCAAGGCGAAUGUGUCGAAAAAUGUAAAAAUAUUGCAUUUGGUGGAAGAUGCCUGCCGCCUAAUGUCGGGGCUGCGUUUCACCUCGUGCAAAAGUGCCAAAGACCGCACUGGCAUGGCAGUGACGUUGGAGCAAUGUCGUGUCUUGGUGCAGGAAUUCCAAUUGCCGGCCAAAAAUGUACCACAAAUCUUAAAUACGAUGCGCAGUGAAGGCUGUCGCAUGGACAAUGUCUUCAAGAGCAUUGACAAACGUAAAUAUGCUUUCAAUUUGCCUCAGGUCUUAAGUCUACCGGCCAUGUAUCGGCCUCCUGUGGGCUCUUAUGGCAAGGCAGAAACAUAAAGCAAUGUCCUUGCUCAUCGAUCGUCGAUCGUCCUCAUAGCACAGUCAAAUAUUCAUGGUUGAAUUAAACAAUCCCAUGAUAUGUUAUAUUGUAGAAGUUUAGUGUAAAACUUAACACAAAAAAUUACGCUUAAUUCGUUUAAGUUUUAAACAACCACAACAACAACAACAAAACCAACAGAUUCUUAUGUACUUCAGUUCGUAAAACGGGUGAUAUCCAAAUUAACAGGUCAUUGAUGACAUCGAAAAUCAUAGCAGAAAUUGGAAGAAAAAUUUACUCCUAAGAGAAAAGAAGACGAUGUCUGUGUCUGUUUUUAGUUUCAAUUCUUAUGUAAUAUAAAUUCCUUAUUUAUUAAUUAUUGUUAUAUAAUUUAUUUUAUUAACUUAUUGUAUUUAUUUGUGUUAGACAUUUUAUUAUUUUUGUUUGUUUUUAUAAAUAUACUUAAAUUAUCGUUGUCAUAAGAUCGAGCUAAAGCUGUGCCAAAUAUUUAUGUACUAAUUUAACAAUCAUCAUUAUAUU